AUGGACAAGGACAUGGAACUGAGGACGGACGUGAACUCUUUCCUGAAGGAUGUGUGGCUGAGGUGACUCCGGCUGGCCUGGUUGCUCCUGGAAGGGGGCACCUACAUCAAUGAGAGCAACGAGCAAGGCGAGACAGCGCUCAUGGUGGCCUGCGGCACGCAACAUGCAGCCCCACAGAGCAGCAGCAAGCCCAGGAUGAUGAGGUGCCUGCUGGAGCAGCAGGCCGACCCCAACAUCCAGGACAAGUGCGGCAGGAUGGUGCUCAUGCAUGCCUGCGUGCGGAGGGGGGGGGGGCGGGAGAAGGUGGUCUCCCUGCUGCUGGAGAGUGGAGCUGACCCCAGCCUGUAGGACCACACGGGAGCCCCAGCGCUGGUCCGUGCCAUCAACAGUGGCAACAAGGAUGUGCUGCACCACCUCCUGGAUGCCUGCAAGGCCCAGGGGAAGGAGGUGAUCAUCAUAACCACAGAUACGGGCACCCAGACCACCAGGCAGUAUCUCCACAUGCCUCCCAUGCCCAGGGAAAUGCGGCAGAUGCCCCCACUCUGCACCUCGCCCUUAGACAUUGAGAGGGACACCCCCAGGCCCAGCUCCCUGCCUGCGGAAAAGGAGCACUUCUUUGGCCUCCAAACAGGGCCCCUGGGGCCGGCCCUUCCUCCCACGGUUCUGCAGGAGCCCGAAUCACCUCCCAGGAAAGUUGGGAACCUCUAAAGGGCCUGCCUGCCACAGCUGAAGAGGCUUCAGUCAGAGCCCUGGGGCCUGCUGGCACUGUCAGUACUGGCAGCCUCCAGGAACCAGGAAGCCCGUGGCACCUGUAUAGACAUCAGUGAGGUGCCCGUCCCCAAACGGGGGCCACUAUCCAGAACCAACAGCGUUGACGGCAAGGACUCUAUGCUCUUCUACUCGGUCCCAGAGCAAAACCCCAAGAUCCUUACAGCUUGGAGGGAGCCCCACGAGAAAGGCCAGGCUCCCCAUGCACCCCUGACUUGGAGAGGUGUCGUCCCCAAAGAUCAGGAGAAGGGCAGUUUGGAGUCUAUAGUGGCACCCUGGCCCCCAGAAGAUGACUGCCAUGUCAGAGACGUGUGGCCCAGUACCAGCACCCUGGAGGCCAGCACAGUCACCUCGGACAGGAAGAGGCUCACCAGCUCCCACCUGUCACUGUUCCAAAGCUCCCAGGAGGCCAUGGACACUGCGGCCAGCUUGUCACCCAGUGCCAUGCACCGCCACCCACCACCCCUUCUGAAACGACGGGGCUCUGGCACUCUGUUCUCUCAGACCCGACCUGGCUUCCUGCCGCCACUCAGCGCCCACCUGAGUCUGCCCAUCCCAGACGUCUGGUCCAGCAGCACACCAGCCUCCCCAGUAGCUGGAGGCCUGAAGGCCAAGGGCCCCACCGUGCCCAGCUCCCCAUGGACACUGGAACUGAGAAGCAAAAAGGCACUUCUGCGCAGACACUUGAUGCAGGCCGAGCAGAUGCGGCUGCUGUCCGAGUUCCACGUGCUGAUCUAG